CGAAAUAUUUUCCUGGCAGAGGGGGCUUCGAAAUUCUACGUUUUAGGCAAAAUGUAUAGUGCUGAAUUUAGUAGCCGCACCGAUGUCACGGAAACCACCAAUCUUGCCGCCAUUGAGCAGUUGAAGGAACAGCGGUUCAACGAGAAGAAUCUGAUCAUAUACAAUCCGCCCGGAGAGAACGAUGAACUGUCCGCCAGAUUCCUGCGCAGCCUGGCUUUCGCCACCUUCAAACGAAGAUCGCCCGCAUUUUUGCGGGAUUUGAUCAUAUUCCUGCAGGAUCGUGAGACGGAUAUCAUUGAGCAGUGCGGGGAGUAUGCCCAUUUCGAUUUGAAGCGCACCAUCUGGAGCCUGGAGCUGCUGCGCGAUGAUAUAAUCAACAACAGGGAUUUCCAGAUAUUUCGCGUCAAGGCGCCUGACACUGACAGCUGGAACUCGUUCCUCAAGGGUCUGGGAGAGGACAGAAGGCAGUGGUUCUCGGCGGUUUGGCUGCAUGCGGAUUGCUACAUGUACCGCCGCAUUUGGUCGAUCUUCCAGCGAUCCGAAACCCUGAAAAAUUAUGAUUACUUUGGUGAUCAAAAGACGUCCAUUGUCACCAAUGUGGCGCCGCUGAUGAGGGACAUCCUAGUCUCCACCAAAGGCAUAAGGCGCAGUCAGGAGGACUUUCAGUAUUUACUGAAACUAUCUGCGUGGUCCAAUCACGGUGACCUAAACAUCACAAGACGGGGUGCGCAUGACAAAAUCUAUAAGCAGAUUGCCAAAUACGACAUUGAUUUGCUGGCCGAUCAGUCGUCCGAUGUUUGGCAGGAUCUCAUCGAGGCCAGUGCGCCCGUCUACGUGGACAUCGUGUGCGACAAUGCGGGGUUCGAGCUCUUUGCGGAUCUGUUGCUGGGCGAGUACAUCAUAGAAUCGGGCUUGGCCAGUCGGGUGCGGUUCCAUGUGAAGGCUAUACCGUGGUUCAUCUCGGAUUGCACGCACAAGGACUUCAACUGGCUGCUGAAGUUCCUACGCAAACACGAGUUCCAGGAAUUGAAUGCCUUUGGUAAGCGGAUACGGGCCUACAUCAGGGAUCGUUCCUUUAUCCUGUGCGACAAAAGCUACUUCUGGACAAGUGGCCACGACUGCAGCCAGAUGAAGCGCGUGCAGCCUUGCUUGUAUGUCUACAUCAGCCAGGCAUCCCUGGUGAUCUUUAAAGGAGAUCUCAACUACCGGAAACUGCUCGGCGACAUCAACUACAAGCCCACUACCCAGUUUUCCGACUGCCUGCGCGGCUUUCAACCCGCCAGCGUCUGUGCCCUUCGCGUCAUUAAGUCGGAUAUCUAUUGUGGACUGCCGCUCUGCACGGUGGAGAAGCUAAGCGAGCAGAAUCCGGAGUGGAUGGUCACUGGCGACAAGGCCGUCGUACAAGUGGCCAUCAAGCAUCGACUAUCGAGCGACAUUAUCGUUUGAACACAAGAAAUGAUAGUCGGUCUCAUUUGAU